AUGUGUUGCAACUAUGGCAACUCCUGUGGUUAUGGCUGUGGAUAUGGCUAUGGCUGUGGUUGUGGUCCCUAUUAUGGCUGUGGUUAUGGCCUGCGUUAUGGCUGUGGCAAUGGCUCAGGAUACGGCUGUGGAUAUGGUUCCUGCUGUGGCUCUGGCUGUGGAUAUGGCUCCAGCUGCUGUGGCUACCGGCCACUUUACCAUAGGAGAUGUUAUUCUUCUUGCUGCUAG